AUGAACCUGAGACUUUCAGAUAAUGAGGCGCUGCUGGACCUUUCCCGGCGAGCCACGUCCUUUCUAACCGCCCAUCCUCCGGGCUUGAGUCGGCUCCCGUCCUUUUUGUUUGGGAAGCCGGAGACGCCACAGCUCUGGAUGGACUACGAAGAUGUACUCCUAGCCUCCUUAGCAGCUGGCAACGACAAGUCGUCAUUGGAAUCGCUAAACCGCAUUACAAGCCGGUUUGGCUCUACGAAUGAUCGAGUAAUUGGACUACAAGGGCUUUGUGACGAAGCGCUUACCGAAAGUGACGAAGCGUUGGAGAACGUUCUUGAAGGCUAUGAGACCGUCCUAAAGGAUAACCCCGUAAAUGUGCCCGUUUUAAAGCGCCGUAUUGCCCUCCUGCGUGCCAUGGACCGCCCAGCGGAGGCGGUUUCCGCUCUUGUCGAGUUUCUGGAUGCGUUCCCUACAGAUGCCGAUGCUUGGUCGGAGCUAUCAUGUCUCUAUCAAAGUCAAGGGCUGUAUUCGCAGGCUAUUUUUUGUCUUGAGGAGUCCCUUCUUAUCUCGCCAAAUGCAUGGAAUGUAUGGUGGACCCCUCUGUUCAACCUAUAUCAUGGCUGA